UUUUCCGUUCCUCCAGUAGGAGGUGUUUAUGCACCAAUAACUUCGGAUACCAUCCGCAGAAACCCCCCAUCGAGGAAGAAGAACGCGCUUCCUGUCUCGUGUGUUUCUGCGCUGUGUGCGCGCAAACAUUUUGUUGUGAAGUAAACUGAGUAAUUUGUAGAAAUGGCCGAGGGGGAUAUUGAGGAUUUUAUUGAACAAAACAGGCAUUUGGCCGAGCUUGUAGAUACAUUUCGUGGCCUUUCAGAAAGUGAAAAACAGUGGAAGGCCAGGAGGGCAUUCCUAUUUAGAAAUAUAAACGAUUUUGAGGACCCACACAUUGAUCACCUGCUAGCAUUGUCCAUGGUGUGGGCCAAUAACGUGUUUCUUGGCUGUCGAUACAAUCCAGACCUCCUGGAAAAAGUGAAGGAAAUGGCUGAAGGUAUUGUUGUGGAGGAUGCACCUAUUUUCAGAACUAGAGACGAGAUCAUGAAAAAUCAGAAACGAUGAUUGAAGGACCUGUUCGGUUGUGGAUGGAUUACGUGACUGUCCAGCUUUACGUUCUGUUGUAUACUAUUUUUAAAUGUUUUUUUAUUCAAACUUUUUAAUCGUGUUUUACAAAAUAAUGUAAUAUAAACUGACAGUUUUAUACAUUAA